AUGCGAUAUCUUGGCCAGUUCCCCAGCGAGUCGGACUUGAAAGAGACGAUAAUUCCCGAAUUGCUUGAGGAAGAUCCAUCGCGAGAUGGGUUGGUGUCAUUUGAAGCUUUCGAGCGGUUGAUGCUGAGGUAUCUGAGUGAUCACACAUAUGAUCCAGAUGAUUCAGAAACCUUGUUAGCGGCGUUCAGGGUCUUGGACCCGCAAGGGCAUGGUUACAUUGAUUCGAACUUGAUGCACGAAUGGCUGUCCACAAAAGGUGGCAAGGCAGCAGAUUUCUUCAAAGAGCGCGAGACAUCUGACUUCCUGGAGUAUGCCAAAGAUAAAGAAAGUUCUGACUCCAGCCGGAUUUACUACGAGGAUUACGUCGCCAAACUGAAUGCAGACAUCGAGAAGCACUUAGAGAAUCUGUAUCAGGUGGCUCGUGGUUCUGGUCGUCAGUGA